AUGCCAGAGACUUCAGACACAUGCUUACUCCAACGUGACGAGAAUGAGUUUCGCAGGAUUAACCGCCAACAUCGGCUCUGGACCAGAACACUCGACUAUCUGAUCCAUCCCGCCAUCGAUGCCACUCUACCAAAAGAUUCCAAAAUAGCAGACGUUGCAACAGGGACAGGAAUAUGGGCUCUUGCAACAGCCCGAGCCCUAACAGAGAGCGUAACGUUAGUCGGAUUUGACAACUGCAAAAACCAAUUUCCUCACCCCGAUUCCAUACCAAAGAAUGUGUCCUUCGAGGCUCAAAACUUGCUCAAGCCUUUUCCAAUACAUCAUCAGGGAGCUUUCGACUUAGUUUCCAUACGAUUGGUUGCGUCGGCGCUGAAGAAGGAGGAAUGGGAACUCGCUGCCAGAAAUCUCUUUUCGCUGUUGAAGCCAGGCGGCUACAUCCAGUGGAUGGAGGCCGACAUUUCGGAAAGCUGCACGCCGCUACAAAACACUCCCCAAGCCUGCUCCCACUCCCUCGCUUCCCUAGCCAAGUACGCACUAUCCUUCCUCCACUCGAAGGGAACCGAUCCCAGCGGCUGUCGGCGACUUCUUGAAAUAUUUAGGUGCAUGGGCUUGGAAGACUGCACGCAGGAUGUCUUCAGCAGUGACCGCGACCCCUCCCUCCGCGCUGAAUUCUCCGACGUGCAUGCGAGGGCUUUGCUUGGGAUUCUGGAACAAGCUGGCUUGCAAAUGUGGAGUGGGUGGAAUUUGGAGAAAGUUAGGGAAUGGGAGAGGAGAGUUGUUGCAGAGCUGGAGACGGGGAGGGUUCCUGGAAUUAUUGAGAAGUGA